CACGCUGGUCUGGGACUGGGGCGUGAGGCAAACGCUGGGACCCGAGGGGUUUGUCAGCUCGGCGUGGUGCUGUCAGGUGGGAUUUAACUGGAAGCGGUGAUCUGUCGUGAUGAGUUUUCUGCUGCCCAAACUGACCUCGAAGAGGGAAGUGGAUCAGGCAAUAAAAGGUGUGGCUGAGAAGGUUUUGGUUCUCCGUUUUGGAAGAGAUAGUGAUGCUGUUUGUCUGCAGCUCGAUGAUAUUCUUGCAAAAACAGCUCAUGACCUAAGUAAAAUGGCAGUCAUUUACCUGGUGGAUGUGAACAAGGUCCCAGUGUACACCCAGUAUUUUGACAUCAGUUACAUUCCAUCUACUGUGUUUUUCUUCAAUGGACAACACAUAAAGGUUGAUUAUGGGUCUCCAGAUCAUACCAAAUUUGUAGGAAGCUUCAAAACAAAGCAAGACUUUAUAGAUCUGAUUGAAGUGAUCUACCGUGGAGCAAUGCGCGGAAAGCUCAUUGUGAGAAGUCCUAUUGAUCCCAAUAACAUUCCUAAAUACGACCUUCUCUACCAAGGAAUUUAAUGGGUUGACCUGAGGUAAAGAAUUACGGAAAUGGACGAUGUUCUAGAUCCUUUUUUCUUCACCUCUGACGCGGUGGGACAGUUUUGAGUGUUUAUGCUGAAGGAUCAUAUUGGUCUCCUUCUGAAGACAGACAUUCUGUCACCUCAUGCUUUUCUCAUAAAUAAAGCUUCGUGUUCUUGCAUAGACUUUA